AUGGGAUUCACGUCCGAGAUCAAACAUGACCUGUCCUCAGAUGCCAACAGUCCAGCGGUCGAGGAGGCCGGCGAGAGUCUCUCCUCGAUGCGCGGCGGAACGCUCCAAGACAAGCGCGACAUGUAUCGGAUUGGCAACAACCAGGAGUUAAACAGAAACUUUCGAUUUGUGUCGGUCCUGGGAUUCGCGGCCGUCCUGAUGUGUACCUGGGAGGUUGUCAUGAUGGCUCCAACUUCUGGAGGACAGUACCAUUGGGUGUCUGAAUUCGCGCCAGCCAGCAGCCAGAAAUUCCUGAGCUAUGUGACCGGCUGGGUCUGCGUGCUCGGCUGGCACACAGGUAUCGCAGGCUGCUCCUACACAGUUGCGAACAUGCUCAUUGGCCUUAUUGCAAUCAAUAAUCCAGACUAUCAGCCUGAGAGAUGGCAUGGCACUCUGCUGAUUAUUGCGAUAGCCUUUAUGGCCAUAAUUUUCAAUACCUUCUUUGCGCAGAAGCUGCCCUUCAUCGAGGGAGUUAUCCUCCUCGUCCACGUAUUUGGAUUCUUCGCAGUCUUGAUUCCCCUCUGGGUCCUGGCUCCAUUGAACUCGGCCGAAGAUGUCUUCUUGAAUGUGGUCGAUAGAGGAGAAUGGGGGAAUAAUGGUCUCGCCUGUCUUGUCGGGCUGGGGGCCCCUAUCUACGCUCUUAUUGCCGAAGAAAUCAAGGAUGCCUCUCGAGUAUUGCCCCUGAGCAUGCUUUGGACCCUUAUUUUGAACGGAACCACGGGCUUGAUCAUGCUCAUCACAUACGCCUUUUGUGUGUAUGACAUUGACACAGUCCUCAAAGAUCAGACCGGCUUCCCCUUUAUUUCCGUCUUCUUGCAUGCCACCCAGUCCGUUAGGGCAACAACUGCAAUGACAUCCCUCAUAUUGAUCCUCCAGGCGUGCUCUGCCAUCAGCAAUGUUGCAACUACGUCCCGCCAGCUCUACGCAUUCGCCCGAGACGGUGGCAUUCCUUUCCCUUCUUUCUUUGCUAAGAUCGAUAAACGAUUCAUUGUCCCCCUCAACUCCCUCUACGUCAGCUUCUUUAUCGUCUGUCUGCUAUCUCUGAUCAACAUCGGAUCAACAGUUGCGUUCCAAGCCAUUAUAUCCCUUGGUACUGCUUCGCUUCUGUCCUCGUACAUUAUCUCCAUCUCCUGCGUUCGCCUCAGACGCUGGCGUGGAGAACCGCUUCCGCCUGCUAGAUGGAGUAUGGGCCGGUGGUCCAGUACGGUUGAGACCGUGGCGAUCCUCUUCCUUCUCAUCGCCUUCGGCUUCUCAUUCUUCCCACUUGUCAGCAAAGUUGAUGUGACAACUAUGAACUGGAGUUGUGCCAUUUUCGGAGGAGUUGUGGUCUUCUCUUUGAUCUAUUAUGUUUUGCACGCCCGACACGUCUAUAAGGGCCCUGUUACUCGAAUAAGACCCUGGGCGGAGGCGGCUCGAAUAGAAUAA